AGAAACUCUCAAUUUACCAAAUGCUCAAAUGGUUCCAUCAAUACACAAAACUUCAAACAGAUAUCGGACGAUAUAUUUCUUCCUAAUUUCUCUUUUAAUCACUUCAACUUUUGCAGAUCAGCAGGCAUGGCCUCUUCCAGAAGAAGUGUCCGCAUCCCAGCUUCACGAGAUUCCAGUUCUUCAUACCGCAUUUGUUCAAAUCGGUGAAGAGCUUCACUAUCUCAAUCAUCCUAUUCGACCCGAAAAUGUGCAUCAAUUGCCAGUUUAUGAUUCAAUUAAAGGAGUUUGUGAAGGAAAUUGUCCGAAAGAAGCCAACAAGAACCAUGCGACGAAAACAUUCAACGUGUUGAAAUUGUCUGGAAAAGGGAAACUUCCAAUGGAGAUGGAUCCACCAAUGAUGGAUUUUGGGCAAAAUUCUGUCGGUACCGCGCAGAAACGCAAAAUCUACAUUCGAAAUAUGAGAAAUGAACAGAUAUUCCUCGAUGCAGUUGUUGUCAACUCUAUUGAAUUUCAAGCUUCAUAUUUUGAGCAAUAUAAGCUUGAGCCACAUGGUGUUACAUCAUUGGAAGUGGUCUUCCUACCACGAGAAAUUGGAAAACGAUCGACAAUUGUUCAUUUUUACACUUCUGUUGGAGUAUUCACAUACAAAAUGCAGGGAAAUUGUGAUUCAAAUCCAUAUCGUAUAUCACCAUUUACUGGUUAUCGUCUUCCGAUGAAUUCAUCUAUUUCAAAGCCAAUUGUUAUUUUCAAUCCGUACGCGUAUACAAUGAGAAUUACCGAGAUCGGAACAUCUGGAGGAAAUGCUCACAUAGAACUUCCUCAUGAAGUUGACAGUAAAUUGGCUGAAGAACCACUACAAUAUUGGGAUAUUCGUCCAUAUCAAUCCAAACAAAUCGCUACGCUGGUCCUAGUUGGAGCAACUUCUGAAAAUUCGACAGUAUUUGUUCGAAUUGGAUCUGAAAUUUAUUUGAGCUCUGAGCAUCGCAAACCGAAUACGGAUAUCUAUUUAACCGUACCAAUUGAAGUUCUGAAACGUCGCGGAGUGUAUGCAACAGAUGAAAUUUUGGAUUUUGGACUUAUUCGACAAGGGAUGAAAUCAGAGGCCAAAGUAUUUUCUGUGGUUCAAUAUCAAAUUGGAGGAAGGUUGGAAUUCGAGACUCUAUACGUAGAGAAAGGAGAUCAUACAGCAAUUUAUAUGGAAUUUGCUUCACAUCCACCAAUUAUAGUAUAUCCACCAACAAAGGGAAGCGUCACAUUGGGACCAAAAGCAGAUCUUGUAAAAGUAUAUCUAGAAGGAAAUCGAGUACAAAUGUCACCUCAACAACAGAUGAAACAUAUUAGUGGGCACAUUAUUGCAGUUUCUAGAGGUGGAAACUAUAAUGUUAGCAUUCCGUAUCGAGCCGAUGUAUUUCGUGGAGACCUUCUCCCGAUUGGAAAUGAUUUAUCGAUUCAAGAAGAUUUGAGACCACCUCAUCAAAGAAUUAUUCGAAUUGAAAAUCAGUUGCCAUUCGAUGUGGCUAUUUUCAAUAUUACAUUGGCUCCAGAAUUGGUCUCCCACUUUUCUGUUCGACUCAUUGAUCGCACUGCCCUCAUCCGUUCCGGCCACAUUUCACCAGUCUUUGUUCUGAAAUACAAUAAGAAACUACCACCAACAUUCGAUAACUCUACAAUUUAUCUACACACAAAUGUUUCCACUUUUAAUUUAAGCCUAUCAACCUAUACAGGAAGAAUGAACGUUGAGUUGAUAUCUGUGGAUAAAAAUUCAUUUGAUUUCGGUUUUGUUGAAAGGAAUGACACAAGGACAAUUCGAUUCGUGGUUUGGAAUCACAAUCGAGCUGAGAUGCGUCUCAAAAAUCUUGCUGUACCACAUCGUUCGGCUUACCGACUCUACGAAGUUGGUGUCAAGUCGAUCGGAAACUUUUCUGAUGUUCGAAAUGAUGAACGUCUUGAAUACGUUGAAGCCACCGAUGUUGAUAUUCCACCAAUGAAAGGAAAAAUCUUUGAUUUGGAGCUGAAAGUUCCAUCGGAUGGAGUUGUUCGAAACGGAAAUAUCAUUUUCGAAACUGAUUUAGAGAGUAAAAUAUUUGGAGUUACUUAUCAAGUAUCAACUGGAUCACUACAGUCGAUACCGGAAGAAAUAUGCUUCGGACAGACGUUCCCGUCGAAAUUGGUUUAUCGAACACUACAGGUAUUCAACUCAUUCGACGAAGAUAUGACCGUAACCCGUCUGACAACUCUCAAUGAAGAUCCACGAUUCUUUUUCGAAGGAUUCGAUCCCAAGAAUCCACCUGUGCUUCGUUCAGGACGACUCACUAAUCUUGGACGUGUCAUGUUCUCUCCAUCAGCUCCAUGUGAACAUGAUUACUGUUAUCUGGGUCUCCCAUUAGGAAGUUCCGAUGGAGCGUGGUUUACGCAUGGUCUCACACUACCAUCUAAUUUGCCAGAAAUUGAUUCUUAUCUGUACAAACAGUUGAGAAAGAAAUAUGAUGCAUUGGUGAAUAGUGGAAAACAUCAUAUCAACACUACAAUAAUUUUGGAUACUGAUAAAGCAAAGAAUAUCAAGAUCAAAACAUCUGCUGAAUUGGUGUGGCCACGACUUCUCACAAGAAAUUCCAUUCAUUUCCCUCUAACAGCUCUUGGAAACUUCACCAUCGUGAAUCUAACACUAGCCAAUCCAACAAAUGUGCCAGUUGCAAUUCAAGUAAUUCCAUUGGUUAUCUACCCGGAUGCAGAGUCUCUCGUCGAACUGAUGCGUCCAAAUUUGGUAUCCGAACUGACAGAUCAUGUUGAAAUGAACGAAACAUUGAUGUUUUCGUUGCGAGACACUGAAUUGUUCACUUUGAAGUCAGAUUCACCUGUUCCGAAGCUCAGAGAAGCAUUUGAAUAUCAUUUAAAUCAUGAGAUGCCAAGAUAUAAUAAUGAAAUUAAUAUUCCUAGGUUCACGUUAUCAAUGAUCCUAAAACCACAUAUGAAAAUUCGACUUCGCCUUGGUUUCCUGCCAUCAGACUACACACUCCGAUCAUCUCUUCUCUUGAUUCGUAACAAUUUGACAGCGAUUGAGCCAGUUGUAAUGUAUGGAAAAGGUGCUCGAAUUGGAGUUAAAGUUGAAGGAGCCGAAGCUCGAUCCAAAAAGCCGUUAUUAUUCGAAAUUCGGCACGAUCAUUUGACAGAUUGCAAUAACCCUAAAAGAUUAAUGCACAAAUUGCACUCAACUCUGACUGUUCGCCGCCCGUUCCAAGUGAUGAAUAGUGGAGAAGUUCAAUUUACCGUAACCAAUAUGAGUAUUAACGGUGUUCCUUGCGAGAAUCGAGGUUUUCGAAUUCUCAAUUGUUACCCGUUCCGUCUACAACCAAAUGAGACAUAUGCUUUAGAUAUUGCUUACACACCAGACUUCCUUACAACAACCAAUGAAGCAGAUUUACAACUUUAUAUGCACAUGAACGGUAGUGCUUGGAUAUUCCCAUUGGCAUCUACAGUACCCGGUGAUAUGCUUGCCAAAUGUCAUCAGGCACUCCCUCGACCACCUUUUGAGAAUAUCAUGUAUUAUAGCUGUGUAACAGCACUGAUAUUCUGUCUUGUUUGUGUUCUUGCAUGCGCCUAUCUGGAAGGUGAUCGUGCUAUUGCCGUUGCCAUCAGACAACAAUUUGCCAUUCCUCGCCACGUAUUUGAUCUCAACAAUUUGAAUAAGAACAAUUCUACAACUACACCUGUUCCUACAGUACCUUCUACAGCUAAGCCCGAAAGUUCUAUAAAGAAGCCAACCCCGGCGACUAGACCUUCAACGCUUCGAGCUUCAUCCGAUGCUUGGCUCAUUUCUCGAUUACUUAUCGGUUUGGCCAACUUCAUUGUGAAAUGCGUUCAUUUAUUCUGGAAAUGGUCUUUGUUCUGGAGGAGAGAAAAAGCGGAUGAUAAACAAUCAAAAUCGGCAAAAGUAACGAAAAAGAAGAAUCCAGUGACAAUGCAGAAGGUUGAAGAGUUCCGUCAAAUGCUUGAAUAUGUUGGGCAGCAGAAGCGACAACAAAACUCUGGAGAACUUGCUCCAGAAUUUGAUGAAGUUGAAGAAGAAGAGCUUGCAGAGAUGUGGGCACAGAGAAAGGAUUCUGGGGCUCAAUCUUCGGUUGUGACAGACCCUGAGCCACCAAUGUCGAAAAGUCAAAGAAAGAAGAAACGAGCUGCGCAACAGAAAGAAAAUAAUAAUUUGGAAGCACCUAUUAUUGUACAACCAGUUGUUCAAAGCCCGCCGGUUCAAAAUAAAAUGGAACCAGCGAAGAAAACCACUCCGGGACCAUCACCAAAACCAAAAGGAAACAAUCAGCGAAAGAAACAUGUGCAGGUACCACCAGUCACAAAGACUCCCGUUACUCCGAAAACUUCAAUUCCUCCGCCAACAGAACCAGAGAAACCCAUCAAGCCAUCUGAACAGAAGAAGCCCAAUGCAAUACCAGUUGAACGGCCAAAGCAGCCAACUCCUUCGAAAGCAAGAACGCCAAGCAAAACACCAUCCCAGUCUAAUCGAGCUCAGCAUCCCGCUAGCUCUCCAGCUCCAAUUGCUCCGACGUCAGCUCCAACAGACGACUUUGUUCACGUCCCACCAACUUCUUUAACUUCACCUGAUCUCUUCUAUCGUCAAUUCUUGUCAUCAAUGGGCAUGCCAAUGGACGCAGGAAUGUGGGAUACACCAGCGGCUCAAGCUGCAAUGCCGUUUAUGAAUCUGUGGAAUUAUGGAGGGCCGUUGAGUGCGGAACAGAUGGAAGAUCUUAUUCGACAAGCUUCUGGAGUUGCUCCAAUAACUAAUGAUUCGGAAGGAACUACAGUUACAACACCUUCGGAUAUUGGAAUGACCUGGGGAACUAGCGGACAUUUAGGAGGAGACGAAGAAAGUAUUGGAGGUGAAGCUGCACCAGAUUGGAUUGAUGAGGAUGUCAAUGUCGAUGAUGCAGAAAUGGAUUUCUCAUCGAUGUCUGCCGCAUCUAAGGAUAUAUUCAAAGAUGAUGAUAUUGAUAAUUUCAAUCAGCAAAUGAAAAGACAGAGAAGUCCAAGUCAAGCUUCAUCAACUCUUUCAAGAAAGCUUGAAAACUCACCUCAAAAAAUGGGAAGUCGUCGACUGACAAUAGGAAGUGAAAAGAAAAAUAAUCAAUCAUCAUCUUCGGCAUUAAAUCCGAAUUACGACUUUACAAGGACACCCGGAAAUCCGAAUAGAAUGCAAAUGUCUCAGAACUCAAUUCAGCCUGCACCUCCAGCAACAUCUAUUUGGGGAGACAAUUCAAAUUCGGAUCCAUGGGGCACAAAUACGGUGUCAAAUCCACUUUCUGAACUAGAGGAUGAUCCAUUGUCACUUUCACAUUUAGGAAUCAAUCUGGCUUCAACCGAAUCAUCUGCAACAGGCCCAAUGUUCACAAUGUUCAGUGGUCCAGAAUUCAAUUUAUGGUCGUCAAGUUCACUCUUCCAUCCCCCAACACAACAACCAUCAACUUCUCAAAUGCCACAAGAUACGGACAACGAGAAUGAUGAAAAGAAUAACUAAUAAUCUCAUUCUCAAACAGAUUUCCCAUAUUAUAUCUACUUAUCUGCUAUCCAAAUCUAUAUGUGUGUGCUGAAAAAGACUGAAGAAAAGAGCACGUCUUCAAAUGAAAGUUUUUUGAACAAC